AUGUGUAACAUAGCUAUUAAAGCGUUUAAUCGAAUAGUUAAAUUCAGCAAUGACCUACAAGAAUAUCCGCCUUAUAUGGUCACAAGAACUAACUUCUUCCGACGCACCAAGCCCACCAUAGCUCCAGUCACCACAGACGCCAACACGGCCCCAACAGAUAACAUUGAAACCACCACAAACAAAUACAAUAGCCGCGGGAUUUCCAAAUUCAAGUCCCGAAACGAUGGUGCGGAAAAAGACGUCCCGAAGAUCGAGAAAACGCGGGAAGAGGAAAACGUUGCAGAAAUACAAACUCGGCGGCCAUAUUUGAACAGCACCGCGGCGCGUAAUGACCAAACUACGCCGCGCAAUUUUACACGAAGAAGGCUUGGUGGGGCAUACACAACCUCCAGAUCGAUCUCACCCACAACAGCAGCGCCAGUAUCUCGACGUCCGUUCCGUGUAGCAAGUCGUCGUCGACCAGCUGCCACCAUUAAAACCAGCUCGACUACCACCACCACGCAAUCUACAACCAAUAUUCUAGACAGUGAAGAAUAUUUGCAGGACUUUGGAGAGACGGACUCUAUUGAAGAUCCGUCUAUAACCUCGAGUUCUGAUUCGAAGAACCGUAAGGUCCAAAGGCGUCCGUUGAUUUCUCUGAAGGUUGAGCAAGAUCAAAAUCCUGCCGCCACGAGUGAAGAGGAGGAAAAGAGACAAAGUAAAAAAUAUAGCUCCAGCUUCAAGCAAAAUCAGUUAGAUGAAGUGCUAAGACUCAAGGCUCAGGAUGACCAUACCGACAUAGACCAGACGACCGACGGGAAAUUCACAGUUGAAAGCUACAGCGCUGAGACGGCCGUAGCACUUGCGGCUCACAAACUCCUAGAAGCACCCGUGCCAGUCGUACAUGAUUACGAAUACGAAGAAAAAUCUUCCAAAAACACACAAAGAAACAACAAAAAAUUAAAUUACACUACUGAUUUCAAAAAAGAGGUCACCAAGACGGCAUCAUACCCUAUAUCAUACUCUACUACACCUAAUUAUAGCACUGCAACUCAGGAUAACAACAUACAAACAUCUACAAGUCCAGUUAUCUCCAGCGACCUUCUAGAAACAUUGCUUCCUUCAACAGGAGCUUUUAAAGCAUCCGAACCAGCAGGAUUUACUGCUCCCACUAUAACUAAUCCAGGCUUGUCAGGAGUUUCACGUAUUUUGGGACCUUCAACGGUCAGAUACUUAAGCACAACUGAUCAAAAUACAGCUACACACAACAUCAAUCCAUUAGACGACAGAUAUACUGACAACAGUGAAAAAUACUCAAAAGCACCGCCAUCUACAAUUCAAUACGUUAGCACAGUAAAUGAAUACUCGGGAGUUUCCUAUGACUCAACUCCUAGAGACAGAUAUGUCGAUAUAAGCCAGACUUCACAGACUCUAAGCCGAACAGAUAGCAUGCGAAAUAGAAGACCUACCACUGGCAGAAACUUCCCCGAUACCGAAACACUCCAGACCCUCCCCCCUCCAACACCUUCAACAAAUAGGUAUUUUGAUACUAAUAAUGGAUUUACUGGGAUACCACAAGGGCCAAGUGUAUCACACGAAUAUACAAGUUCUAGUGACAAAUAUACAGAUGGAUUGCAAACAGCGAAACCAUCUACAAUAGAUUAUUUAGAUUCAACUAGAUAUACAGGAACAUCUCAACGUCUUAAUCCUACAAAUAGAUUUACUGUUACAAGUCCGCCAUCUACCGCAACAUAUUUCGAAGACAGUGAGUUCACAAGAGUAUCGCAGGAUGAAAGUUCAGUAAACAGUUUUAUUAGCACAAGCGCCACGGAACUGCCACUUGAUACAGGAAUGUCCACUAUGAAAAAUACUGAUACAGAUGAGAGAUACACAACAGUACAAAAUCUGAGCCCUACUUACAGAACAGAAACAAGCGACAAAUAUAAGUCAAUUUCACGAAAAAGAAAACCAUCAACCACAUCUACCGAAAAUGAAAACGUCACCACCGAGACUCAACAAAGAACAAAUCCCACAAAUAGAUACUCGAGCACAAAUGAACGAUACACAGAAGCUUCACGCAGAAGAAGACCAUCUACAAAUGCAGAAAGCGAAAAAUAUACGACAGGGUCUUUACAAAACGCUAGUCCAACGGAAGCCAUAUCGACUACAACCGGAAGUUCAGUAAUUUCACGCAGGAGAAGGCCUUCUACAAACAGCUAUACUGAUCAACCUACAACGGAGCCAUCAUCGACAUUUGGAUUUACUGCCACAAGUGCGUAUACGAACGCACCUCGUAGGACUAGACCAUUGACGACAAAAUACACGGAUGUGACUUCAGACACCCCAGUGAUAUCACAAUAUUCCGGUCCAACUACUGGACUUCCGGAUAUAAGUGAAAAGUUUACUGAGACAUCGUCUACAAUAAAACCCUCAACAGAUAUACACUCGGAGACAUUUGAAAAAACCACUGAAACGCCUUUUAUUUCCACUGACACUGUAAUAGCUAGUAAGAAGUACUCCGAAGUAUCACGAAGACCAUCAACUAGUACGUUUGUGGAAUCGGUGGAAAAACACACGGAAUUGAAUGAAGAUGAUGUUUCAACAGAUCAUUACUUUACUUCAAACGGUCAGUACACAGGUAUUAUUCAAGACCACCAGAGUCCUACGCCCAAAUACUUUAGUACUGAAGAAAGAUCUCAAAGUGUAAGCCCUUCGUCUAUCAAAUACCCAAGUACCACUGACAAGUAUGUAUCAGGACCUAUAGAUGACUUUAGCUACUCGACUGCUGGCUAUAGUCAGAGUCAAGACACUUCGGAUUUCACCAGGGAAUAUCUCUUGGCGUCUCCGGUCACUAAAACAUACGACGAUGAAUAUCAAUACCUAUCACCGGUGACUUCUAACCAACCAUCAUCCACGACUAGAAAACUGGCCAGAAAGAAGACGGUGUUCAGAAGAAUUUCCACAACUGCCUCACCAAGUUCAACCACGACCACAACAACGCAAAAGCCCCGCAGGGUUGUUUCGAGAAAACCAUUCGAGAAAAUCCGUAAAGUCCAAAAAGUGAAUGUUCUUAAAAAUGAACCAGUUCAGGAGGAACUACAAUUAGUGUCAGAAGAACAGCCAGUGAAAGAAAUUAAAACAGCACAAAGGGUUCAGACAGUGCAGAGAGUACAGCCUGUAAGGAAAGUCGAAACGUCUGAACCUAAUACAGUGAUCAAGCCUAUAGGUAGCUAUGAUUAUUACGACGACAGCGAAGAGAAAGUAAUACAGAAGUACGAAGAGGAGACAAAAGUGAUCCUUCAUGGAAAGGGUAACAUUGAAUGCUUAGACAUCGGCAACUUUCCUCAUCCAUCAUCAUGCAAGAAGUUCAUAUCAUGCGCUCGCAUGGAGAGUGGCGCUCUGCUGGGUUGGGAAUACGUCUGUCCUAAGGGGCUGUCGUUUGAUCCAGUUGGCAGCAUAUGCAACUGGUCCGCUGGACUCGGAUGUAACGAGCAAGACUCAUAA